AUGACACGUAAAGAGAGACCCGACUCAGAGGAACCAGAGAGGUCUGAACCAGUGAGACGACACCACUGUUCCCAGUGUGGAAAGAGUUUUAACCAUUUAGGAAAUCUUAAAAACCACAAGAGAACACACGCAGAGAAGUCUUACAACUGCUCUCACUGUGCAAAGAGUUUUACUCAUUUAUGUAACCUAAAAUUGCAUGAGAGACGACACACAGGAGAUAAGCCUUACCAAUGCUCUCAGUGUGGUAAGAGAUUUGUUGAGUCAACAGAACUGAAAGUUCAUAAGAGAAUACACACAGGGGAAAAGCCGUACAACUGCUCUCACUGUGCAAAGAGUUUUACUCAUUUAUGUAACCUAAAAUCGCAUGAGAGACGACACACAGGAGAUAAGCCUUACCAAUGCUCUCAGUGUGGUAAGAGAUUUGUUGAGUUAACAGAACUGAAAGUUCAUAAGAGAAUACACACAGGGGAAAAGCCGUACCACUGUUCCCAGUGUGGAAAGAGUUUUUCAACAUUAAAUGUCUUGAAAAUGCAUGAGAGAAUACACACAGGGGAAAAACCAUUCCAAUGCUCCCAGUGUGUAAAGACAUUUUCCCGACCAGGGGACCUGAAAAUGCACGAGAGAAUACACACAGGGGAAAAGCCGUACCACUGUUCCCAGUGUGGAAAGAGUUUUACAUGGUUAAAGGUCUUGAAAAUGCAUGAGAGACGACACACAGGGGAAAAACCAUUCCAAUGCUCUCAGUGUGGUAAGAGAUUUAUUGCGUCAACAGAACUGAAAGUUCAUAAGAGAAUACACACAGGGGGAAAACCAUUCCAAUGCUCUCAGUGUGUAAAGACAUUUUCCCGACCAGGGGACCUGAAAUUACACGAGAGAAUGCACACAGGGGAAAAGCCGUACCACUGUUCCCAGUGUGGAAAGAGUUUUACAAGGUUAAACGUCUUGAAAAUGCAUGAGACAAUACACACAGGGGAAAAACCAUUCCAAUGCUCUCAGUGUGUAAAGACAUUUUCCCGACCAGGGGACCUGAAAUUACACGAGAGAAUACACACAGGGGAAAAGCCGUACCACUGUUCCCAGUGUGGAAAGAGUUUUACUCAGUUAGGGAGUCUGAAAAGUCAUAAGCGAAUACAUUCUGGAGAGAAGCCUUAUCACUGCUCCAAAUGUGGAAUUGCCUUUUCAGAGUUAAAAACCUUGAAAAUGCAUGAGAGAAUACACACAGGUGAGAAGCCGUACCACUGUUCCCACUGUGGAAAGAGUUUUAGACAAUCGCAACAGCUGAAACAACACGAGAGAAUACACACAGGAGAAAAGCCUUACCACUGUUCCCAGUGUGGAAUGAGUUUUAGGCAGUUAACGGGCCUCAAAGGUCAUAUGCAAAUGCACUCUGGAGAGAAGUCAAACACAUGUUCUCAUUGUGGAAAGAGUUUUCUGAGGUUAAGCACUCUGAAAUCGCAUGAGCAUAUACACACAUACAACAAGGAAAAGCUCUACCAAUGUUCCGUGUGUGGAAAGUGGUUUACCCAGUUAGAAGCCCUGAUUAUGCAUGACAGGACACACACAGGAGGGGAUAAGACCUACCACUGCUCCCAGUGUGGAAAGAGAUUUAACUGGUUAAGGCACCUGAAUAAGCAUGAAAGAAUACAUACACAGGAGGAGAAGACAUACCACUGCUCUCAUUGUGGAAAGACAUUUUCCAAGUCAGAGGACCUGAAAUCACAUGAGAGAAUAGAGAGGCUGUGUUCUGACUUGUGUUUCUGACUGAUCAUUUGUGUUUUUGUUUCAUGCCACGUGAAAUCAAAUUGUAUGAAACCAGAAAAAAGGUUAACUUUUGUUGUUUUUUCAUUUAGAGACAUGAUCAUGUCUAAUAUCAGAUUAAAUAUUUAAAACGGUCUGUUUGGUUUUGAUGAGCUUUGAUUGAUUUGAUAAGUAUAAACCCUCUGUUGUUCAUCAUAUGAUUUUCUAUUUGUUAAGGGAUUUUUUUUUCAUCAAUAAUGACUAAUUGUGUAUACAUUUCAAUCAGGACUGACUAAUCAGAAUACUAUUAUGUUACUGUAUAGAUGUAUGCAUUUUCUUUUAAUCCUAGUACUGAAUAUAAUGUGUGUAAAUAUAAUCAAGAAUUAGAACAAUGACUUUCUGUUCCUUGGUAGAAAUGAAUGAACUUAUCGUCAGACUGGCUAGAAUGCUUAUCUACACAGGCAGACUUUGGCUCGGUCAUAAACGUGGGAAGGCUUGAGAACUAUACAGCCAUUGUACCGGUGUGGAGAAGAAGGCGGUACGAAGACUAAUGACGUCAUUUUCAGUUUAUAACCCGUUGUAAAAUGUUUCAUGUUCAGUACUCUCGAGAAUAAACACUGCUGAUUGA